GCAUUGGUGAGAUCAGAGGUGGGGCUAUUUUUGGCCUUUGAACUCUGUAAGCUUUGUGGCGUUGCAAACGUUUACCUGGCUGUCAAUGAAGGUAGAUCUGGCUGAUGCCCAUCGAAACCGCCCUGCAUCCUAGUCAUAUACAUUCAAUAUACUUCACCUCCUUAAUAAGCUGCUAGGGCCUCUUCUACUUCAUUCUUAACCUUGUGUCAUUCCCUCGUGCAAAUUCAUUCUAAGCUUUUUCGCUACCAUUCCUCCAAACAUUUUUCAUAGCAAUCUUGAUUCUUCAUCGGCCAUAAACGCAUUUUUCCUGCAUAGCCUACCUUGAUUUUGCUUGCGAAUGCUACAUUGAGUGGAAUUUCGAACUCAUCGAAGCAUUCUCGAACCUCAGAUUAUACUAUCUAGUCGAUGGAAGAUCCCCGUAAUACUUUGCCAUCAGGAUAUCCAUCGCAACAGCUUCAACUGGACGAAUCCAGUGGGCUUUCGAGGCUCAAAGAGCCUCUUUCGGAUUCUGCGGGUAACGCUCAGCUUCACGAGCUGGCGUCUGGACACAUAUAUCAUGAUAAUAAGAGACACCCGAUGAGGGGACAAGAAAGGUCAAUGUAUUCUAUGCCUACUCUACCAUCACAGCCUCUGCGCCCACCUGUCGGCAAUACCCUUGAACUUCGAAAACGACACAAUCGGCAACAACGUUUCAACAGACAUAGUAAUCGUAACCCUAUAGUUGAUUCGCCUCAGUAUCAAGCAUACCGAGCUCGGGCAAAUCGUGAUGGAAACAACUCCAGUGACUCAAAGUGGCCGGAGGUUCUUGAGAAUGCGUUUCUUGAUGGUUAGUAUAACACAAGCAUCGUAACAAUGGAAAAAGACUGACACUGUCUAAGCUCUUCUUGCCAUCCCCUAUAUGGGAAGACGAAAGUUUUCUUUCAAGGGUAAACCUCAUGGUCGGAACGAGCUUAUCAGGGAAUAUAUUUGGAUCGCAUACAAGAAUACACUAGCUCCUGGUCAACGUCCAGAUCCUACAAUGAUGCGCAACCGAAAGCAGGUUUCUAGUCACAUUCAAGUUUUAAAAGGGUUUUUGAAUCCACAUCCUGCAUUAUGUAAGAAAUCCACACCGAUGAUCUUGAAGUGUAGUCUAACAUUUCUCAGUCCAGCGCCUCUUUCCACCGAAUAAGGGACCCAAGAAUGGUUUCGAAGAUUCGUUCAAGAAGGACCCUACACUUAUAGCACUUUCGCAAGGUCGACUACCCAGCAGACGUCACGAUCAUUAUGAUGGCCUCAAUCAAAUAAUACUUAGUAAUCAUCAUCCUAUGAAGCCUGCUGCAUUCUGGUUGCUCAUGACGCCUUUCGCGGUACCAAAUGAACGAAAUGGAAUCAUGAAAAGCGAACAAGAUCUUCGAAGAGAUGGCCUAGUACUUCACAGGUACUCAGGCUUAUCGUUAUCAGAGCCACGCGGAAGUCUUGAAUCAAUACUGCACUGGCGACAAAAGUUUCCUCACUUGGCACAAUUACAUUCUACCAACGAUUUGAAUUGUGAUAUCAUUCAUAUGAAUGUGUCGUUGAAUCUGAUGAAAACUCACGCGCCAGAUAACAGUGAGCUCCUCACUCGGUUGGAGAUGUCUAUACCAGGGCAAGAUUAUGCUGGAUUUAAAUGGCAAUCCGUAACGAGCUUAAUUAAACCUGCAGAGCUAUACGGUGAUCCUACUAGGGACCCGGUUCUAGAAGGCACACCAUUACCAAUGACGGUUCUCGGGAUGACCGAAAGCGAAACUCGAAUCAAAGUCGCAAUACCUGCUGAAACUUGGGCGUACACAUUCACACAGCUUAUGAACCUUCAUUUUGAAAUUGAAAAGAAACGUCUUUCACAAUCAUUCGGAGGGGAUGGUUUAGGUCGUCCCAUAAACUCUGUUCGAGAGUAUGUUGAUCGAAUCUCAAUGUAUCAAGAGCUACAAUCUUCGGCCGGUGAUAGAAUGCCAUUCAUCCGACGAGCCAUUCUCAUCUGGACAUUUCAUAAAGCUCGCAGUGGAGAAGGAAAUGAAACCACCUGGCGUUAUGUUGACCCAGCUCCUCCACGCCACAUGUGCAUGUCACCACCGCCACAUCUUCACAACCAUAACCUUCCCAACCUUGAACAGUACAGUUCCUGGCCGGAAUCACCUCUUCACCUCCAACAACCUAAUCUUCUCGAUUCUUUUGUGCAAGGCCUUGCUACUCCUCCGCAAACAGCUAGUCUGCAAUCUCCCUUUGAUACGACAGGCUAUACAUAUCCUGCUCAGCAUUUCGACAUGUCUAAUGAAAACAUAAGUUUCGUGUCCCAUGCAACUGUGGACAGCGAAUCUACGCUUGUAAAUGGCAACGAUCCUACGAAUCAAAUCGAUAAUUUUUUGACUAAUUCAGGGGGGGUUAAUAUGGGAGCUUACGGGGAUGUGAACGGUCACUAUUAUGGUCAUUUACCGAGCAAUACCGUUAAUGCUAACGAAUCAUUUGAUGCGGACCCAGCGUGGGCAAAUUAUUCCGUACCAGCUAGUACGCCCUGGGAGCACAGUGAGGAAACUAAAGGGUUAGCAUGGCCGGAUACCAGUACCCAGAUUGAACCUAUCCAUAAACAUUCCUGGUCGAACGGCGCACAAGAGCAGAAACAGGCACAAGCGACAUGGAAUGGAGAAGAUAUGGAUAUUAAUGGUGUUCAUGUUAAUGGAAGGGACAAUGUUACUGGUAAACAUGGAAAUGAACCCCCUUGGUCUGAUGCGGUGAUGGGCAGUAGUCCGAGUAAACAGAAUGGUAAUGGGUAUAUUGAGAAUAACAUUGAGGCGAAAUUAUUACCUUGGAUUGAGCAGGCUACUGCGGAAGAAGAGGCACAAGCACAAGCUAGAAGGAACGCCGUGGACUAUGGGAGUAAUGUUGAUGUUAUGGGUGUAGGUGUGGAUGUCGAUGUCGAUGCUGGUGUUGGUGUUGGCGUACAGCUGGAAAGAAACGUCGCAGAGGAUGUUAAUGAACAUAAUAACAUUACGAAAGACGGGCACUUCGAACAUCACGAUCGCGACACGCAUAAGCAAAAUCAUCAUCGACCUCAUCAACACGAUGCAUUGGAACAAACAGAAUGGCCCCGCAACGACGAGAUUAAUGGCGUUGGAGUCGGAGUUGGAGUUGACAUCGCACACUCUAACGGAUACGAUUUCGACCACCUAGAUGAAAGCAUCUCUGUGAAAUCUUGAUUCCGAAAUGUUUUACUAGCAUACCUACCUACAUUCUCUGUUACAAAAAGUGUUCAAUUGGACUUUUCCUUCGUUUUAUUUUUAUUUUCAAGGCUAGCAUGGGUU